AUGGUGAGGAGAGGGCAAGCUGGCACCAUGGGCACCUCCGUCUUCCUGUGUCUCUUUGUCAUCCUCCUUGCCGGGGGCUCCCCGGCAGGCUGUGCUGAAGACAGCGGCUCUGCAUCCCACAGCGCAGAGGGAGAUGCAGAGAAACUCGUCCUGUUGAACAACAUCACGGAUGUGGAGGCCUUCAUCAGCGGGGCGGAGGUGGCGGUCGUUGGGUUCUUCCAGGAGCCGCAGGGGGCCGCGGCGGCCCAGUUGCGACUGGCGGCCGGCCGCAUCCCCGAGGUGCCCGUCGGCAUCAGCAGCAGCCCCGCCGUCCUGGAGCACUUCGGCGUCUCGGCGAGCACCCUCAUGCUCUUCCGCAGGGCAGACAAUGACCGGAGAGAUUUGGAUGUGGACAGUGAAGACAUCAAUGCUGAGAAGAUGAGUCGUUUCAUUCGGAUGAACGAGCUCCGCCUGGUGACGGAGUACAACCCUGUGACAGCCGUAGGUGUGCUGCACAGUUCUCUCGAGAUUCAUCUCCUCCUGAUCACAGACAAAAAGUCCCCAGAGCACCCUGAGCGAAUGCACAGAUAUCGUGUGGCAGCAGAGCUCUUUGAGAAGAAGAUUCUCUUUAUCCUGGUAGACAUUAAUCUGAAAAGCAAUGAACAAGUGAUGGCAUACUUCAAACUGAAGAAGUCCCAGCUUCCAGCUCUGGCUAUAUUCUACACACCAGAUGAGGAGCACGAUGUGUUGCCCCUGGAUGAAUUCUCUGUUGAGCGUGUGCAGGACUUCUGUAAUACUUUCUUACAAAGAAUACAAAAGAAAGAAGAGGAACAAGAGAAGAAGGCCGUCAAUGAGGAACUCUGAUUCUUUCUAAGCCAACAGGAUGACUGUGCCUAGAGCCAUCUGUUCUUGGUGUAUGAAGAGUUCACUGAGCCUCACUGAUCAGGAAUUCCUGGGAUAAUAGGAUUAAGGGGCCAAGUCAGCCAUGGAUUCCCAUCUCCAUGCUAUGUACAUAUAUGCCGUCUGUCCUCUCUCCACAUCUCUCUUCCCUUCUGAUUUGCUCUUUUCUCAUUUCUUAGAUUUGCUCUGCUAUUGCAAUACCCGGUGUCUUUCCAUACCACCUCUGAUGGAGCAAAGGGCAAUACAGCAAAAUGGCAAUAUCACAGAUAUAGCUUGUA